AUGAACGACAACGACAACGACAACGAGAGGGCACCGCCUUCCCAGGAACCAGUCACGGCACCGGAUCACGAUGACGAGAACCGGGACCACGAUGAUGAAGACGAGGUUCACGAAGAACCAUCCAACGAGUUGGAAAGACGGAUCGGAGAACUUGCGAAGGAAGUUCUGACACUGCGGAAGGACAACGAGGCCUUGCGUCGCGAGCUGGCUGAGGCCGUUUCGGAUCAGGAAGAAGCGAUCGCUCACCGGGACAUUGCGCGUCGCCAGAGAGAUGAGCUUGCAUACCAGCUGCUGAGCAUGCAGCGCACGGGUCACGGAACACCGAAUAUGGGAUCCUUGACCCAGAAGUCGACUAAGAUGCCAGAUGCGCCCAUCCUCAACCUCAAUGAUGGAAAAGAGGUUCGAUUCGAGACAUGGGAAACCGUUAUUCGGCAAAAACCGGAAGCGAACAGCGAUCAUCACCCGCUCCCAGUGCACCGACUGCUCUAUGUCCAGAGCCGAUGCGAAGGGAAGGCGCAGCUUCAUAUCGCCCCUCGCAUGCAUGCUGGCGCAUCGAACCCUUACCUAGAUGCCGAGGACAUGAUCAGCCAUCUAAGGUCGGUUUUCCAAAACCGCAACAGAGAGUCCGAGGCGUUGGCCCAGUACCAGAAGUUGAGCAUGAAGCCGAAGGACUCCUUUACCGACUUCCUCGCGGAAUUUAUGCAGCUUGCUGAAGAAGCCGGUGUUAUGGAAAAGGCCCGGAAGCGUGAUCUGAAACUCCCGUACUUGCUCCAGACGCAGGAAAACUUCGAACCGCACUCAACCACUGGUUCUGGAUCCGGAGCAAGUCAGCAAACUGCCGGACCAAAGGUGAAGACCGAGCGUAGCCCAGCACUGACACCCUCUGAGCAUGAAGCAUUGCUUAAGGCCGGUAAAUGUUUCUUCUGUAAGGAACAUGGACAUGUGAGCAAGGAAUGCCCGAAGAAGAAACAACCCGCCAUCAACGUCAGCGCUGCGCAAGUCCCAGCGAGCACCCGGAUUGAGGAACUGGAAGAGACGGACCAGGGAAAGGCCUCUGCCUAG